AUGGCCAGCACCCAGCAAGAUUAUGAGGACCAAGCGAACACCAGAAGGAGUCCUGCGACCCGAUACCAUGUAGGAGACAAGGUCUGGCUAGACCUCAAGAACAUAAGAACGGACCGCCCCUCGCGUACGCUAGAUUACCGCCACGCCAAAUAUACUGUGACGGAGGUGCUGGGCACACACGAUUAUCGACUCGACACCCCGCCUGGCAUCCACGAUGUCUUUCAUACGAACCUGCUCCGACCCGCGGCCGAGGACCCAUUCCCCUCACAAAGAACCUCCGACUGGCAGCCACCCGCCAUCAUAGGAGAAGAUAACGAACUUGAAUGGGAGAUUGAAGCGAUCCUUGAUGAUGGAACCAACCGCCGCCGCCGCGAAUACCUUGUCAAAUGGGUAGGAUACGAUCGCCCGACCUGGGAACCCGCGUCCGCCAUGGAGGACACCGCCGCCCUCGACGCCUACGAGUCAUCGCUCACCCCGGAUAGUGCUAGAUCGUUAAUCGAUAGUGAUAUUGAAUUGAUUGCAAUAUUGAUCAUCUUCUUUCAUGUUAUAUUCAAUUUCUUCAAGAUUCUAAAUAUUGAAUUUGAAUGGAUAUCAACAUCAAAUUCAUUCUUUACAAAGAAGACUGUUUCAUUGUGUGAUCAGAUGACAGUCAAAGCUCUAUGUGAUCUCAGCAGAUAUAUAAUCAUCAUUAAGAAAGCAUGCAAUCUCAUUAGUAGUGAAAUCAUUGAGUUGAAGUGGCAUAUUGAUGAUAAAGAAUGGCUAUUUUUGCAGUGUUUUGCUACUAAUAUUCAGGGUGGCUGGGCAGAUUCCUGUUUUCGCAAGCAAUUCGAUCGCCACAAUAGCCAGCAGCGCAGACAGCAACGUUUGAAGGAACUCGCGCAUCUCAUUGUAGACUUUGUCGUCCCUCAAAGCUACUUUGACUACGUAUCCGACCCUCAGAAUCGCAAAGUUUUGAGCCCCGAGCCUGCGCCUGCAGCUCACAAGAUGUACAACCCGUACCAGACACAAGCACCGUUUGGUAGACCGCCGGAGUUUACGGCGUUCCCUGGAGCACCGUCGGGCAUGCCGCCUCCUCCAGGAUUGUCAGCACCUGGGACCGGUCCUCCACCUGCCAUGCAACAGUCGAAUACGCAGCAACCUGGCCGACCAGGUGGAUUCCCUCCGAACUUUCAACCCCCCGCAAACAUGCCGAAUAUUAAUUUCUCCGCCCCCGUUAUCCGCCUUGGUACCUCUGGCGCAUCUAAAUCAGCUGCUCCUGUGGAAAGUGGCCGCGAACGUGGAGGAGAGUCUGGCGGGAGACGCGGCGGCCAGGGGCAACACUCCUUGGAGUCACAGCGCCAGAAUUUACGCGACGCUAUGUUACAACUGCAACCGCCUACGAAAGAGGAGGUUGUGCGGACCAUAUUUGUUGGUGGCAUAACGGAGGGAGUUAGCAGUGACGAAACCAUAGAACGGAUACUUCGAACUGCGGGAAAUUUGAAGCGCUGGAUUCGCGCUACGGAUGCUGAUGAUAAACCAUGCACGUUUGGCUUUGCAGAGUACGAGGACCCUGAAAGCCUAAGCACUGCAGUGGAAGUGCUAAAGGAUAUUGAAGUGCCCGUGAAGAAGCCGAUUCCAGUGAGAGAGGAUGAAGGGGAUGAGGAAGAGGCUGAAAAGAGCAAGUUACUGGUGGUUUUUGACGACAGCUCUCUCAAAUACCUCGAGCAGUUUGAGUCCACUACCCAGCGAGACCCCGAAGCCGAGCAAGCACGGUUGGAUGGGGCCAAAACGGCUCUAGCAAAGGUCCUUUCAGAGCUUACCAACCCACCAGCCCCCGCAAAACCGGACGACACUUCAAACGCGGUGGACGGCGAGGGCGAUACGCCCAUGAAAGAUGUAGACGGACAGAAGGAUGGGAACCCUGCUGAAAUUGUUACGAUUCCUAUUAACGUUGAGGAUGAGUUGUCAGAUAUCCCUGCUGAAAUGAGAGAAACCGUUGCAAAAGAAAUCGCAGCCUUCCGUGAAAGAAGCAACCGUCGCGACCUUGAAAGACUGAAGAGAGAGGAAGAACUCGAGUCUUUAGAAAGGGCUAGGGCGAGUGCUCCCAGGCCAAACAGAUUAGCUUCGCCUCCCCCAACUGCACCAAGUGGUCCUGCAGGAGGUGCGAAUGGCAUCCCUCUAGGACCCAGGGACAAGGGUGUUCCAAAGGCGCCUUCGGCUCCGAAAGGAUUUGGUCAUCAAAUUCCAAGGGACUACCAGAAGGGAGUAUUGUUUGUGAACGGGAGUGGAAUAAAUGGUGCCAAUGAAGACGAGGAUACUGAUGCAAGCGAUGAAGAGCUUGAAAGAAGGCGUAAGGAAAAGAAAGCUGUUGAAGCGGAAAAGCAAUAUUUAGAUCAAGAAAGGCGGUGGCUGAAUCGGGAACGCAGCAGAACAGCAGCCGUGGAGCGAGAGAAAAAUCGUGACAAGGAAGAAGAUAUUCGCCUAGAGGAGGAAAAGCUAAUUAUGGCUAAACGCCUGCGAGAAUGGAAUGAUGACCUCGAAGCUAGCCGAAAAGUCGAAGAGUACUACGCUGAUCGUGGCGUCUGGAUACGAAAUAGAGCUGCAUUUAGAAAUAGAGAGGUGAGCAUGGAUGAAGCGGAUCGUGCUACGGAAGAGCGUGAGAAUGCCCGGACCCAGCAACAAGAAGAACAAACUCGUGGUAUGGCGGAUGACUUCCUUGCCCAGCAAGCCGAAGAGUUGGAAUCCCGGACCCAAGCCCCAAGAGAGCCACAACGCUUUAAACUGUCUCUCGGUGCGGCAGCACAGAAAGCCCAAGCUACGGCGCGGAGAACUGUGGCAGAAGUCGAGGGCCUCCUUGAGGAUGAGGAGGAUACGGGAGCCGCCACGAGACGGCCACUUACGUCUAUUAAAUUUGAUACAGCGGCUGGGUCGGCCGGUCUUACGGAUGAAGAGCGCGCCCAGGCAGCAAGGCAGCUUGCUGCCGAUAUCCCAUCUGACAAAGAUGGCCUUUGGAACUGGGAAGUUAAUUGGGAGUUUGUGGAUGAAUCCGUUCGGGGAGAGCAACUUAAGCCAUUUGUUGAGAAGAAAAUUAUGGAGUACCUUGGUGUCCAGGAGCAGAUGCUGGUCGACGUGGUUGAGGAGCAUAUCCGGAAACGAGGGCAUCCUCAGGAGCUAGUCGAACUGUUGGAAGAGGCUCUGGACGAGGAAGCGGAAAUCCUGGUCAAGAAACUCUGGCGCAUGAUUAUAUUCUUCUCAGAAAGCGAGAAAAGAGGCCUUUCCGCUUAA